UUAGUGAGGAGCUUGUGUGUGUCAGCUGGCCGAUAUUUACCGUUAUUCCUGCUAUGUUGGCGGCACCGUAAGACAUUUUAAGGCUGAGUAGCUCCUGGUGAACUGUCGAUCGUGCUAUUAUAAGGUCUGUUUGAAGUCAAGAUGGUGAUACUACGCAGCAGCAGCGGCGGUGUAGGAGCUGAGCCGGUGGCAACAACUCCGAAGAGGAGGUCGAUGGAGUUGGAAACUAGCUCCGAGUUUCUGUCGCUGCUUCCCGCGUCGCAGAGAAAGUCCGCCCGGCUGUCUCGGUCCUCCCGGGGCGGGGAUGACAGCUUCAGCAGCUCCGAAAACAACAUCGUGAAUGGGCAUGCUGAUAUGAAGCAGGACGAUGGAACUGGACACCAUCACUCUCCGAGGACCAGAGGACAGAGAGUUAAAUUAGAAGUCUCUUUUGGUGAGAUGGAGCCGAAGACCAGCUCCCCUGUGAAUGAAGACAACUCUGAAAGAGGAUGCCUCAGGAAAUCUUCCAGGCUGCAGAGAGAGGGAAAAGCAUCCAGUGGCAAGCAGCAAGCAGAUGUUCCAGAUGAGUUGGAGGGGUCAUCUACUCCCAAGAGGAGCCGCUUUAAUCUACAGAGCAGAGAAGGGGAGGAAGAAGAGGAGGAUCGUUCAGUGAGACGUAGUUCCCGAAUCACCAGAUAUAAACUGGAUUCCCGUAACCAGUCUGUGCUCUAUGACCGCCUCAUCACCAAUACUGCUGAAGCUGUUCUCCAAAAGAUGGAUGACAUGAAAAAGAUGAGACGCAGACUGAGAAGCAGAGAUAGAGACGAUGAACAGGAGCUCGGUGUGUACACCAGAGGCAGAAUGACGAGGUCUCUGAGGACAAAUGUGGAGAGUAAAGACACAGAGGAGGAGAACCAAGGAGGGGAUGAUGAUGAUGAUGAUCAAGAUGAAGAAGAGGAGGAAGACAGGGAAGAUGAUGAUGAGGAGGAGGAGGAAGAAGAUGAUGAAGACGAGGAUGGCGAGGAUGAUGAAGAAGAAGAUAAUCAGAGGCGUUAUGACUUCAGACAGCGAAAGACUGUGGUUCGCUACCAGGCCCCACAGGAUGAACCCAGAGAGCCCAGGAAGCGCAGCAUGUACUUCAAGGACCACUCGUCUCCGACCAGACGCAGGUUUAGAUUCAGCUCCACAGCCCCACGGAGCCCCUACAACAGGAGAAGAACCAGCAGGAGUAGUUCUGAGAGAAGGAGACAUGCAAUCCACAGUAGUGACUCCACUUCCUCAUCUUCAGAUGACGAGAAAUUCCAGAGACGGAGAAGUAAGAACAGGAGCAGGUCGGUCAACAGAUGUCUGCCUAUGAACCUUGUGAAAGAAGACCUGCUGGGCAUCCAAAAGGACAGGAUGAAGAUUGGCGCAAGCCUUGCUGAUGUGGAUCCAAUGCAAAUCGACAAGACGGUGCGGUUUGAAAGCAUCGGAGGUUUGAGCAGACACAUCUCAGCGCUGAAGGAGAUGGUGGUGUUCCCUCUGCUUUACCCAGAAGUCUUCGAGAGGUUCAAGAUACAGCCUCCCAGGGGCUGUCUAUUUUACGGUCCUCCAGGCACAGGGAAAACCCUGGUAGCCAGAGCCCUGGCCAAUGAGUGCAGUCAGGGUGAGAGAAAGGUGUCUUUUUUCAUGAGAAAAGGAGCUGACUGCCUCAGUAAGUGGGUGGGAGAAUCUGAAAGACAGCUGCGACUGCUUUUUGAUCAGGCAUACCAGAUGCGUCCCUCCAUCAUCUUCUUUGAUGAGAUUGAUGGUUUGGCUCCAGUCAGGUCCAGCCGUCAGGACCAGAUCCACAGUUCCAUUGUGUCUACCCUAUUGGCUCUCAUGGAUGGAUUAGAUGGCCGAGGAGAGGUUGUUGUUAUAGGAGCCACAAACAGACUGGACUCCAUUGACCCAGCUCUGAGAAGACCAGGGCGCUUCGACAGAGAGUUCCUCUUCGGCCUGCCAGACAGAGAGGCGAGAAAGGACAUUCUGAAGAUCCACACCAGACAGUGGACUCCACCACCCUCUGACACUUUUCUGGAAGAACUGGCAGAUAAAUGUGUUGGUUAUUGUGGAGCAGACAUCAAGGCAGUGUGUUCAGAGGCUGCCCUGUGUGCACUGCGGCGUCGCUAUCCACAAAUCUACUCGUCAUCACAGAAACUUGUGCUUGAUGUCAACUCCAUCGCGAUCACAAACAAAGACUUUAUGUCCGCCAUGUCCAAGAUGGUGCCUGCUGCCCAGAGGGCAGUAGUGUCACCAGCCAAGGCCCUGAUACCUGCCAUUCGUCCUUUGCUGAGUGCCACCCUGCAGAGCAUCCUCCACACUGUCAGCAGACUGUUCCCGCAUGCUGAGCAGGGCUUAAAGAGGAAGAGAGAACUAGAUGUGGCCUGUGGUGUGUCUGAGGAUGACCUGAUGUUCAGUGAGGAUGAGGCCUCAGAAGUCUACUCCAAUGGACAGACCUCUCAAUCCCAACUCAAAACAACCACCGUUAAUGGACUCCUCAACCUCAACAGGAGUGUGCUCAGCCACCCCACCUCCUACCGCCCCAGGCUGCUGUUGGAGGGAAGACCAGGCUCAGGUCAGAGCUCCCACCUGGCUCCUGCUGUCCUUCAUGCCCUGGAGAAAUUCACAGUGUACACACUGGACAUGGCUGUGCUGUUUGGUGCCAGUGCAACUGCACCGGAAGAGACUUGUGCUCAGAUCUUUGUUGAAGCAAAGCGGACCUCACCCAGUAUCCUGUACAUCCCUCACAUCGGACAGUGGUGGGAAACAGUGGGCCCGGCCUUACGAGCCACCUUCCUCAGCCUGCUCAGCUCCAUUCCUGCCUUUGCUCCUAUACUGCUUCUGGCUACGUGCAACCUGCAAUAUGACCAACUCAGUAUGGAGGUGCAGGAGUUGUUUCGGAUGGAGUAUGGGGAGGUUUUACAUGUCCAGGUCCCCACCAGCAGAGAAAGAAAAAACUUCUUUGAGGAUCUUAUCCUCAAUCAGGCUGCCAAGGCCCCUGCCUCAAAAAGAAAAGCUGUACUCAAUGCAUUGGAGGUGCUUCCUGUUGCUCCUCCGCCUCCCCCACGUCAGCUGACAGAAGAGGAGAUCCGACGAUUGGAGGAGCAGGAGGAAGACACCCUCAGGGAGCUUCGCCUCUUCCUCCGCGAUGUCACCAACCGCCUGUCUCAAGAUAAGCGCUUCAAGGCUUUUACAAAGCCUGUGGAUUUAGAAGAGGUGCCAGAUUAUGCUGAGGUAAUCGAGAAGCCUAUGGACCUGUCCACAGUUCUUGCGAAGAUCGAUCUCCAUAAGUAUGAGACGGUGAAAGAGUUCAUCCAAGACGUAGAUCUCAUCUGGAAGAAUGCCCUUGAAUACAACCCAGACAGAGACCCCUCAGACCGUCAGAUCCGCCACAGAGCGUGUGCAUUGAAGGACACCGUCCAUGCUAUCAUCAGAGAUGAACUGGAUGAAGAUUUUGAGAAGAUUUGUGUGGAGAUGAAAACGUCGCGCAGCACAAGGGCCUCAGAUUGCUCCACUGCCCGGUUUGCUCCCUCCUUCUAUCACGUCCUUCCUAAACAGUCCAAAUCUCCUGCUGAGGCCAAUAUCGCUGACAUGACUCCAAAAAGAGAGCCAGCUAGACCCACAGCUGCCAUCACUCCCAAUACAAGUACCUCUGCUGUCACAAUGCCUAAAAAUACAGCCAAGAAAAAGAGAAGGCGGAGGAGUCGUUGGUGCUCUGGUGUCAUUGCAAAGAGGAAGUCCUACUCUCCUCACACGUCCAGAGAUGAUUCACACUUGGGGUCUGAUGAGGAAGAGGAGGAUGGGGAUGAUGAGGAGGAAGUUGAGAAGGGUGAUAAGGGUACUGGAGGAGAGGAAGAUCAAAUGGUGGUUGAUGUAGAGUCAGGGCCUGCAGCAGCCCAGGAAGAUAGUUUUGAGCUCCCUGUGAAGGAGCAGGACAGUCAGGAGGGAAGAAAGGAGACAAAUCAUGCUGCUGAUGAUAAAGUUAUCCUUUGUGAAACAGAAAAUGAUGACCAGACACAGAACGAAAAAGAAAAGGUGGAGAAAUCUAUCAUAGAUCAACUGGCACAGUCAGAGGAAAACAAAAUGGAGACAAAGGCAGAAAAUGAGAACAGUGAACCCAUUUCAGUGAACACUAACAAGGACAGCCACACUGAGACAGAAGGAGAUACCCAGGGGCAAUCCAACACAGAGGAGAGCAGUGGAACUAAUAGCCAAAAGCUGACACAAACUGAGACUGAGAAAUGUCUAAGUGUAAUGCAGGCAGAUGACAGGAACAACAAGGUAAUUAAUGUAGAGGAGACAGAGCAGAAGAGCCCUGCUGAACCAAUGGAGGUGGAAGCAACAGAUAUCUCAACCACAGAAGCUGUCAGAGGAGAGGAGGACACAGGCACAGAGCGGAGUGUGAGGCCGAUAACUCGGGCUCUGAAGAACGCUGUGCUGCAGCAGCAGAUGGUUGAUGUGGACAGAGCUCUGCAGAUCCUGCACCACGAAACUCCUCCUCUGGUGGUCGACAGGGACAAAUUAAAGGAGCUGUUGGAGAGAGUUGUGACCAAGACUGAAGGCUAUGAGGUCUACAAGCUGGAGAAACUCUACGCUCUGCUCUGCCAGAGCAUCUAUAGACACAGACGAGACUACAACAAAACUUCACUAGUACAGGAGUUGGAACAAGAGAUUGAAGACUUCUGUUGACUUUUCUACAAGAAUAUGAUUUUUUAAAAACAUUUUAAUCCUGUCAGCUAUGUAAAUAUACAUUAGUUAUAUUUUCAUAGAAAUCUACAGGCACCUCUAUUUGUGCAUUAGCUAAAUCUUUGUAUUACCUCCUUUGUUUAUAUUUAAUUAAAUGAGUUUCC